GGGUGCGCGCAUACGUGAAUGAUGACCCGCGGCCUAUACACCUUUCGCCGACACAGCCUGCUCAAGCGUCUCAUACUAAUCACUCUCAGCUGCAUCCAGGUUCACCGCAUUGCCAUCAUCAUAAAUACAAGCAGUGUUACGCCCCCCUUUCCACACCUACAUUGUAAUUCCUGAAAAUAACGGCUCAGUCCAUAUACCACUUUCCAUUCCUGGCCGCCUUCUAUCCCGUUCAAAACGUCCCAUUACCCGCUCAGGGAGCCUCCGAUCUGCUCAACAUGUGCAGUAACCCCCCAAGCACACCCGCUAGGAUGGAAUCACCAGGUGUUGAUUCCCAUGACACUGGCGACGCUGUUCCCACCUCCAACGACGCCCUCGUCCUACCUGGAGUAUGUGAUCACACCUCUCAAAAGCGGAAGCAUACAGAAGACCCGGACAGCAUCGAACCGGAGACCAAUGCAAAGAAGUUGUGUAUCGACGCUCCCGAAAAGGAAAAAAGAGAGAGUGAGGAGGACAACAAACCCCCGGCAACGCGGGACGAAGAUAGCAGAAAAGAAGGAAUGGAUGAGCCAACCGAGCCUGUCAACGGUACCAAUGGACUUGAGUUAGCUUCCCCAAGGGAGACUGCCCCAAUUCUCGAUCCGGUUGCUCCAUCCCCAAGUACGCCGGAACCAAACCAUGCACGUGGGUUAGCUUCCCCACCGGAGAGUAUUCCAGCCGUCGUCGAUCCGGUUCAUCCAUUCAUAUGCCCGCCGGAUCGAAACCGGGCGGAGGACGAUAAGGAGGACAAGCAAUUUGCCAGCUGUGUUGUUCAUCCCGAUGAAAUAAACACGACCUUUUCACAAGUCCACGCAAAUCCCGACACGAUUCGCUCUCUCCGACAGCUCACUCUUCCGCUCCGCGAUGCCAAGGCCUUUGAAUUUGGCAUCCUUUCUCGCCAAGCGAGUUCCGGUGUCCUGCUCUACGGACCGCCCGGGACAGGCAAAACCAUGCUCAUUCGCGCGCUCGCCAAGGAAUCUGGCGCGAAGAUGUUGGCCAUCUCUUACGCAGACAUCCAAGACUGCUUGGUGGGCGUGGCGGAGCAGAAUGUCCAGAGGCUCUUCAGAUAUGCCCGCCGCCACUACCCCUGCAUCAUCUUCAUCGACGAGGCCGACUCGUGUUUCCGGUCGAGGUCUGCAUCGCAGACCCCCAGUUAUCACGUCGACUUCCUGAACCAGUUCCUGAGCGAAAUGGACGGCAUCCGCGCCAAGGCCUCCAACAAGCCCAUCGUCGUGGCAGCCACCAACAGGCCAUUCGACAUCGACGAGGGCAUACUGCGCCGGCUGGGGCGGCGCAUCCUGGUCGACGUUCCCGACGUCCGCGGUCGCGAGGCCAUUCUCCGCCUGCAUCUCGACGGGGAGAAACUAGACCCCGAUGUCGACCUCGCCGAGGUUGCGCGGCACACCAACGACUACACGGGGUCGGAUCUCCGCGAUCUUGCCUUUGAGGCCGCUCUUGACGCCGUGGAGGAGAUCCACCGCGAGCAGGGCGAGAAAGCGCAUGACGGCGGCGAAGGGGAGCAGAGAAGUGGAGCGGAUCGCAUCCUGUGCAGAAAGAACUUCCUGAGGGCCAAAAAGUCCGUUGCCCCAGCGGCUAAGGCCGAUUUGGUGGCUAAGAUUGGAGAGUUUCACGCCAGGCACGGCAGCGCAGGCAAGGGAACUUAGACUUCUGAGGAUGAGAACGAUGGUAGUAGGAAUUGGUGUUGUGGUAUGGUCUUUCCGGAGCUUGUGUUCCGUUUCCUCUCUUAUUGUCCUUCGUCCAUAGACGUUUGCAUUCACUUAAAGGAUGCUCAGUUCCCUCGUUUUGAGGCUGUUUUGGGGAUCUCAACACAGGCCAUAAUGAUGGAAACGCCACGAAUGGAAUGAUUAUGAACUACCACCUGAAUCAGAAGAACACAGAUGACACUGGGCCCAAGCAUUUCAC